CCGAUUUGUGCAGUUGUUCUGUAGAAAGAAACUGGAUUCAAUCAAUAUUUCAAAAUGGGAUAAACAGCAACAUUGAGCCAUCAUAAACCUAUUUGUCCAGAAAGAGAUAGAUUGAUAGGUUCAAUACCAGUGCUACUCAAGAAAAUAACACAAGUCUCAAAAGUGCAUUUGUUGAGCUAUAAAAGUGCAAUGAUGGCUGAUGGAAAUGCUGGUGCUAUGGCUAUGAUGGGCGUGGAAGGAUAUUAUCACCCAGCUUGUGAAGAUAUACAUCAGAUUGACUUUCUGAACGAUGAUGAGCCUUUGGAUAAUAUAUUCACUCGUGUUGAUUCAGCCCAGAUCAUAUACACACCUAGGCGCAAACCAGCUAAGAUGGUUGGAAAAUACCUAAUGGGUGAUAUGCUUGGUGAAGGAAGCUAUGGUAAAGUCAAGGAGGCUAUUGACUCGGAAACACUUUGUCGACGUGCUGUUAAGAUAUUAAAGAAGAAAAAACUUCGAAAGAUUCCAAAUGGAGAGCAAAAUGUGAAAAGCGAAAUCAGCAUGUUGAAACGUCUCCAUCACAGAAAUGUUAUUGAGCUGCUUGAUGUACUGUACAAUGAGGAAAAACAGAAAAUGUACAUGGUGAUGGAAUUUUGUGUAGCGGGUCUGCAAGAGAUGCUAGAGAGCACCCCGGAUAAGAAACUGCCGAUUUGGCAGGCUCAUAAAUACUUCACACAGCUUAUUGUUGGUCUUGAGUAUCUCCACAGUCAGGGCAUCAUCCAUAAGGACAUAAAACCAGGCAAUUUGCUUGUUACCUUAGAUCAGGUCUUGAAAAUUUCUGAUCUUGGAGUCGCUGAAACAUUAGACUCCUUUGCCAAAGAUGAUGAAAUUGUCACAAGUCAAGGUUCACCUGCCUUCCAGCCACCGGAGAUCGCUAAUGGACUUGAUAGUUUCUAUGGCUUCAAAGUUGAUGUCUGGGCAAGCGGAGUAACACUGUACAACAUUACGACAGGGAAGUAUCCAUUUGAGGGUGAUAACAUCUUCAGGCUUUAUGAGAAUAUAGGUAAGGGAAAGUAUAGUAUACCAGAAGGUGUCAGCAAGCAUCUUGAUGACCUACUUACGGGAAUGUUACAAUAUGAACCUUCGAAACGAUUUACUAUACAGCAGAUUAAACUUCAUGACUGGUUUAGGAAGAAGCAUCCCCGAACCUUAGAGUUUAUCAAACCUCCAUCUUUACCAGAUAUGGAUGACCCUCUACAUUCAAUGACUGUGAUGCCUUAUAUAGAUGACCUCUACAGAGGGGAUGAAUAUGAAGAUGAGGAAUAUGAUGAUAACUAUGUCGAAGAUAUUCCUCUAGAGCCACGGGAAGUUCAAGUUGAAGAAAAACGUCACACACCCAAAAAGAAGCCUAAAAGCAAAAUUAGUGUAAAGAAAUUUUCGUUCAAUUCUUGUAAGCCGUCUUGACAUUGAAUUUAUUAGUAUGAGAAUUUGGAAAAACAUCCAAGUUUUUAUAAGACAAAAAGGGCCAGUUUAGAAUUACAGUAUCCUGAAUUGUUCUAAUUAACUUUGAAUAAGUGACUGACUUCAAAUGGCCUUACAUGUUGCAAUAUGAUGUACGAUAGAUUUAUGUACAAUUAUGUACAUGUAUUAUACAUGUACAUGUAUUUGUACCAUAUGACUUUCUUGGAAGACUGGUUAGCUGGCUUUACUUAAUGCUUUGAUAUUGCUUUUCAAGCUUUCAUUUGUGAAGGCACAAACUGCAUAUUAUGGUCCAUGAUUGCUUCUUUUAUAUUAUUUGAUUGUAAAAUAAGUUCCAUAUUAUCAUAAUUUACACCUGUUAUAUGUUUCUACUGUACUUCUACUUAAUUUG